CGAUAAGAAAUACAAUUAUCGACGUUAUGAUUUGUGAUAAAAAAAAUACAUUAUCGAACAUAAAUAUUGCUAUAAAUUGAAUCGUGCAUGCUCGCCUUUAUAAGUCCUAUAUAAACUUGCAUUCAACGAGUGCUCGCAGUCGUAGUGUUUUUAAAAUUUUGAAAAUUAACAGUCUCGGAUUUCUACAAUGAACGUCAGUCAUAAUGUUCGUGGAAAACCUGUAUACGACAACAUACUGGAGGUUAUCGGGCACACGCCUUUGGUGAAAUUAAAUCAUAUACCAAAAGACCAUGGAUUGCGAUGUCAAAUGUAUGCAAAAUGCGAAUUCACCAACCCAGGUGGUUCGAUAAAGGACCGCAUUGCACAUACGAUGAUCCAAGAAAAAGAACACGAAGGAGUCAUCAAACCUGGCGUAACCAGAUUCGUUGAACCCACUUCUGGGAAUACUGGCAUUGGAGUUUCUCUCGCAGCUGCAGUUAAAGGAUACAAAUGUACCAUUGUUACCCCCGACAAAAACUCGGAUGAGAAGAUGAGCACGAUGAACUUGCUCGGUGCUGAGAUCAUCCAAACUCCAUCCAAUAUCCACUACCAGGAUCCCGGUAGCUUCGUAUCGAUCACCAGGCAGAUACUGGAAGAAGACCCCAAUGCUAUUUCUUUGGAUCAGUAUUCAAACCCAUACAAUCCUAUGACACACCACGAGCAUACUGCAGUAGAAAUACUCGAUGCUCUUGAAUCUGUGGACAUGUUUGUGAUGGGCACCGGUACUGGAGGAACGGUCACAGGCUGUGCCAAGAAACUCAAGGAAAAGUGUCCUAACUGCAUCGUUGUCACUGUCGAUCCGCAAGGCUCUAUCAUAUUCGACGAAGGCCCGCAAUUUUCUUAUUUCGUAGAAGGAAUCGGCGGAGACUUUGUCCCCGAUGUUUUGGAUAAAAAUGUUAUUAACAGAGUUAUCAAACCAGAUGAUAUUCACUCAUUUAAUAUGUCCAGGGAACUUAUUCGAAAGGAAGGAUUACUUUGCGGGGGUAGUAGUGGAGCGAUAACAUAUGCAGCCAUUCAGGCAGCUAAGGAUAUGAAUCUCGGACCUGACAAGAUAGUGGUGGUCAUCCUUCCUGAUGGCAUUCGCAACUACAUGACCAAAUUCGUCAACGAUCAAUGGAUGGAGGCACAUCUCUUUAAGCCAGUUCCAAAAAGGGACUUCCCAUGGUGGACAAGGUGUAUUUCGAAUCUAAAUAUCAUCCGCACUGUGCCUAUGAUUCCUGAGAACAGCACGUGCCUGGAGGCCAUCACUGCUAUGAACACUAAACAUAACGUAGCAUUCAUCGUCAACGACGAUGGAUUGCUCAAGGGUGUUGUUUCAAAAGACAGUUUAAGAGCUGCAGCCACAAAUCCUAAAUGUAACAUUCCACUCGAUUUCCAUGACAAGGCAAUCAAACAUGUUCUGAAGAAACAUCACAAGAUUAUAGAAAAUAAGGAAAACCCGACUGUAGGGUUAGCAGCGAGAAUACUAGACAUAGCACCAUUUGUUGCAGUCGUAGAAGAAUACAAGAAUGGCAACAAUAACAGUCCAGGUUUAAUACCAAAAGGAAUAAUCACCUCGGAGAAGGACUUGCAUUUGUUAACCGGAUUUAUGUUCAAUAGGUACAAACAAAAUAAAUAUAAAAUGUCUAAUCAUGUGGAGGAAAACAGCACAGAAAAUGUGGUCAGGAAGUUUUUUAACCUCAAGGAAAUGCCGCAUAUCGUGAAACCCCUUGACAGAAACCAGAAAAUCCAUCCUCACAUUUUAAACGCUAUUGGUAAUACUCCUUUAGUGAAACUCAGUAAAAUACCUAAAGAUGAAGGCAUAAAAUGUGAUAUGUAUGCAAAAUGUGAAUUCUUGAACCCUGGUGGUUCAGUGAAGGAUCGCAUAGCUUACCGCAUGGUGCUUGAUGCUGAAGAGAAGGGCAUACUGAAGCCUGGCAAGUCCGUCAUUGUGGAACCUACAUCUGGUAACACUGGCAUUGGACUAGCCCUGGCUUCUGCUGUCAGAGGUUACAGAUGUAUAAUAGUAUUACCAGAGAAAAUGUCUGAUGAGAAGGUGAACACCUUAAUAGCACUAGGAGCUGAGAUUAUCAGAACACCCACUGAAGCUGCCUGGAAUGAUCCCACCAGCAACCUGAUGGUAGCCCACAGGCUGUCAAAGGAGAUACCUGAUGCUGUUCUAUUAGACCAGUACAACAACCCUUGCAACCCGCUGGCUCACUACGACGGCACGGCUGAAGAGAUCCUGUGGUCUUUGGAUGAUGACGUAGACAUGGUGGUAAUGGGUGCAGGCACCAGUGGCACUGUCUCUGGCGUUGGCCAUAAGAUCAAGGAACGCUGCCCCAAGUGCAUUGUGGUCGGCGUCGAUCCCUACGGAUCCAUACUUGCCCAACCUGAGGAGUUGAACAAAACAGACGUGCAGAUUUAUGAGGUGGAAGGCAUCGGUUACGACUUCCUUCCAGCCUCCCUCGAUAGAGGUGUGAUUGACAAAUGGAUCAAAUCAGAAGACCACGCCUCCUUGGAAAUGGCCCGAAGACUUAUCAAAGAUGAGGGAUUACUUUGCGGUGGAAGCAGUGGUUCUGCGAUGUGGGGUGCUAUCCAGGCAGCUAGGUCGUUGAAAGAAGGCCAGAAGUGUGUAGUGCUGCUACCCGACAACAUUCGCAACUACAUGACAAAGUUCAUAUCUGACCAGUGGAUGGAGGCCAGGAACUUCCAGCCUUUAGUCGUGAAAGAACACCUUCCAUGGUGGAGCAAGCCAGUGACGGAGAAUAUGGUACAGAGCAUCAAGAGCGUGUCGCAUGACAGCUCGCCCUCGCACGCGCUCGCCACUCUCAAGGAGAGCGGUGCGCCUGUGUUGAGUGUUGUCAAUGAUAAAGGGUCUGUGAUCGGCGUGUUCACUGCAGACAAUGCACGUAAAAGACUGGUAAAUCUGUCAGGCUCGUUAGCGGAAAGUCUCGAAAAAUUCACAGUGAAAAAGUUCUACAAGGUGGAUCUCACUCUCAAGCCCACACUAGGGUUGGUGUCACGGAUCCUCGACAUUGCUCCUCACGUAGUUGUGGUUAAAACUGACGCAUCUACACACAUCGAGAACCCUGUUGGAGUGUUCACCUCGGAGAAUCUGCUGACGAGUAUCUCUACAGUAUCGAAAAUAAUGAAUGGAAGCUAAAACUUAUAACUUUAACUUUGUCAGGUUUUAUUUUUACAAAUAGUUAUUGGACUAAGAAUCACUUAAGCAAUCAGUGAAUACAUGGUGUUGAUGUGUAAAUUAUUGUAAAUACUUUUGGCAUGGAGCUUGGAUGAACAGCAUUUAAAUCAACAUCCAAAUAUAACUAACACGGGCACAAAAUAACUGAAUGUAAAAGACAAUUUUCAUGAGCUACUCUAAUUAGACAGUAUUAAGUUUAGUAAUAUUCAAGUAGUAAAAACUAGAAUCAUUUAUAUUCAGUUCUGAAUAAAUAAUUAUACAAAGACACUUGCUACUAUCAAUGCAUUUGAUAAAUUAUUAAGACAAAUACAUAUGAGGUGAAAGAAACAUUAUUAUAAGAAGUAAUAUUUUCUUAUUCUGGUAAUAAAUAUCUUUAUUGAAUGA